AUGGAUGGCAAGACUACGACUAUGUUGCCGUCGUGGGAAACAGUAGGGACAGCGGUAUUGCUCAUCUUCAGCUGUACACUCAUCUACGGAACGUUCCAUCUGUUUUCUCUCAUUCCCCGAACUGAGCCUGGUAUACGUGGACUACAAGAUGAGAGACGCAGCGAGGCUCAGCUCGACCGACCGGCGCCGCCUCUGAAAGCUUCAAAUCACGUCCACGACGGCAAAUAUCACCUCCUUCUGGCAGCCACCGGCUCAGUAGCAACGAUCAAGAUCCCUAAUAUCCUCUCUGCCCUAGCCAAGUACAAGAACCUCAGCAUCCGCGUCCUGCUAUCCGACUCAGCGGCAGAGUUCCUGCAAGGUCAAGCUGGAGAGCAGCCUGGUCUGCAGGAGAUCACAAAGAUCAAGAAUGUCGAAGCCAUCUACCGUGAUGAAGACGAAUGGCGCAAACCCUGGGUCAGAGGCGACAGUAUCUUGCAUAUUGAACUUCGACGAUGGGCUGACCUGAUGGUGAUUGCGCCUUUGUCCGCGAACUCUUUAGCGAAGCUUGCUCUGGGCUUCUCUGACAAUAUGGUCAGCUCGGUGGCCAGGGCGUGGGAUACGACGGGGUUGAUCGAUGGUUUGCGGGAGGGCGUCCAGCUUGCUCCUACUGAGAACGGCGAGGCGAAGAAGGUCAUCAUGGUUGCGCCGUCAAUGAACACAGCCAUGUGGAAUCAUCCUGCAACGAAACGGCAUCUGGACGUGAUGGCAGACGACUGGAACGUCGGCAAUGGAGGGUGGUUUGAAAUCCUGCAGCCGAUCGACAAGGGCCUUGCAUGUGGCGACACGGGAGGUGGCGCCAUGAAAGAGUGGAAGGAGAUCGUUGCUGCAGUCGAAGCAAAGUUUCCUGGACUGCGUGAGCGAGAGCAAGACGUGAAGAUGAACGGUGUGGUAAAAUGA